AUGCCGCCGCUUUCAAAACGUAAAAAACAAAUAAAAAGUUUAGCUAAAAAAAAACAGAACAAGUCAUUUGUGCCUUUAGAACAUUUAGAUUUUGAUGAUAGUGAUUCAGAAUGGGAAAAUGAAAAAAAAAUCAUAUGGGAAGAUGUUGAAUUUGAUCAAGAAUCUGAAACUUUUGUUAAAGUUUUAUUAGAUAGAAUGAAAAACUGUGUCACCUACUCGAAAGAACCCGAAUAUGAAAAAUAUUUCAAUUAUGAACAAUUGAUUAUAUCCAUUGAAAAUGAAUUAAAGCUUGUUAAUUACCAAGAACCAAAAAUGAAAGCAAGUCUCUGUAUUACACGACAAUUAAAUAAAGGAUCAUACUUUGCAUGUUGUCUUAGAAAAAUUGUUUAUAUUGAUGGUCAUGAAAGAUCUGAUGUAAUUGAAUAUAGGUUAAAGUUUUUGGAACAAAUGGAAAGUUAUGAAAAAUUAAUGCCAAAAUUUAAGGAUAAUAAUCUGGAGAUUCAAAUCAAUUCUGAUUUGCAAGAAAAUGAAUAUUUACAUAUUCCGGUAAUUCAUGAUGAAACUACUUUUCAUUCUAAUGAUGGAAGACGAUCUAGAUAG